CGAAUCUGGAUAAAUGAGAGGAGCUGCAAAUCUUUGGGCAAUCCGUCUUCCAGAAAAAACACAGUAAAUUAUUAAAGACAAGUUUCAUUUCAUUUUCCUAGCUUGGUACAACACUUGGAUUGCAUUUUCUAUGAAGGAGCUCCAUGUGAGCAUGUAAUUGAUAAGAUGAAUUCAUAUUCAUCGAUAAAAGAUGCUCCUUUCUGAUCCCUUCAUACAUAGAGGCAUUAUUAAGAAGGAUAGAUUAUCUUAUUUCCGACGUCCACCGGUGGAGCAAGAUGAGAUAAGAUAUGGAAAGUUUCCGAUUUCGCUUGAGAACUCUUGUAAAUAUAUAUAUAUAGAACUGUUAUUUUGCAUGAAUUAUUCCAUACUCUAUUGACUUUGUGUUGUAACAUGUGGAGUUGUAUCAUUGCUUUCUUUUUCUUUUCAGUUUCGUUAUGUCAUCCCACUUUGAUUUAUAAACGCGAAUCUAAUGCAUCGGACUUAAUCUCAUUUAACGCCUCGCUACCAAAUGUAACCAUUUUUGCAAUGGGAGGCACGAUCGCUGGAUCUGCUGCAUCCAAUGCUGAGACUGCCGAUUACAAGGCUGGUGCAGUAGGAAUUCAAACUCUUGUUGAAGCAGUUCCUGACAUUAAAAAUGUGUCAAACGUUCGUGGAAUUCAGGUGACUAGUGUUGGUAGUGAAAAUUUGACACCUGCAAAUGUUUUGAAUUUGACUCAGCUGGUUAUAAAUGAAGUCGCAAAGGAUGAUGUCCACGGAAUCGUUGUGACUCAUGGCACCGAUUCAUUAGAAGAAACUGCAAUGUUUUUGGACUUGACUGUCAAUACCACAAAGCCGAUUGUAGUGGUCGGAGCAAUGAGACCCUCUACUGCAAUCAGUGCUGAUGGUCCUAUGAAUUUGUUAAAUGCAGUUGCUGUAGCCGCUUCUGAUAGAUCUGUUGGAAGAGGUACAAUGAUCUUAUUAAACGAUCGUAUCGGAUCUGCUUUUUAUACCACCAAAACAAAUGGAAAUACACUUGACACAUUCAAAUCCUAUGAGGCAGGAUUCCUUGGCAUGAUUGUGGAUCAAAGACCUCAUUUCUAUUAUAGCCCUGCCACACCUACUGCUAAAGUCCAAUUCGAUAUAAGAAACACUACCGUCUUACCCCAGGUUGAUAUUCUAUAUGGUUAUCAAGGCCUGAAUCCCACUUUAGCAAAGGCUGCCGUAAAUUCUGGAGCUAAGGGUUUAGUUUUAGCUGGAAUGGGUGCCGCUUCCUGGACUGACCCUGGUAACGAUGUGAUUGAUGGUUUGAUCCGUAAUCAAAGCAUCCCAGUAGUUUAUAGUCACAGAACUAUGGACGGAUUCUCUGACUAUUCCUACAACGGUAUUCCCGCUUAUUUCCACAAUCCUCAGAAAGCAAGAUACAUGUUGAUGCUCGCCAUUAAUGCAGGCUACUCUAUUCAAAACAUAACCGAUAUGUUUCAUCUCGAGUACUAAAAGUAUCUUUUAGUCUGGAGGUUUAUUAGUUAUUUAUAUUUUUGUUUUUACUAUGAUUUUAAAUUUUGACUCUCUCUAACCUUUUUUGCUUUUUUAUUUUUGUUAGUAUAUAAUACUUAUUUUAUAGAUCGCUUUGUUUUGGUAAUGAAAACCAAGCUAACGACUGUCAUUAAAUGAAAUGUUUUGUCUCAUUCAACAGUGGC